CCACCCCCAGUGGGGCGGAGCCUACGAUGGUGGGGCGGAGGUAGGAGGAAGAGGAGGGGGGUUAGCCCUCAGCCGCCUGGCCCAGCUCGGCCAGGCCAUGGAGGUCUACAUUCCAUCUUUUCGUUAUGAAGAGAGCGAGCUGGAGAGAGGCUACACGGUCUUCAAGAUAGAAGUGCUAAUGAGUGGACGGAAGCAUUUUGUAGAAAAACGGUACAGUGAAUUUCAUGCUCUGCAUAAAAAGCUCAAGAAAUGUAUAAAAACUCCAGAAAUUCCUUCCAAACAUGUUAGAAACUGGGUCCCAAAGGUCUUAGAGCAGCGACGACAAGGUUUAGAAGCCUAUUUACAGGCUGUCAUUUUGGAAAAUGAGGAGCUUCCAAAAUUAUUUCUUGAUUUUCUAAAUGUACGACAUUUACCCUCUCUACCAAAGACAGAAAGUUGUGGCUCUUUUGAGGAAACAGAAUCUGAAGAGUCUAGCAAACUGUCCCACCAGCCUGUGCUGCUGUUCCUAAGGGAUCCAUAUGUCUUGCCUACAGCCAACGAUGAUUUUCCAAAUGUUGUUAUUGAAGGAGUUCUCCAUGGAAUAUUUUACCCUCAUCUACAGCCCAGGUAGAAAUCCUGUGUGGCUAAAGAAGCUGGAGCAAGUUUCAAAGUCUUAGUCAAGGAAAUCGAUAUCUCCCAAAUUACCUAAACUCUGUGACAUAAUAGCUAUAGUCAUUGCUAAAAUUCAUAGUCCCAGCUACAUUCAGGGAAGUGUAUGUUUCCUUUCAAAUUGUGCUUUUUAAAAAUAGAAACUGAACCUGGGGUUUGGUCAAGAAAAGGCAAAAUUUUUAAGAAAUAGGAUUUAGUAGCCUGUCUAGAAGCACAUAAAAAGAAGACCUACAGAGAAGGUUCUUAUGAAUGUUGCCUCCUUAAAAACUCUUGUGCAUUGUGAAUGAAUUCUUGUCUACACUAACAACACUUUAAGUUAAAUGAGGGUCCCAUACAGAAGACUGAGACAAACUGAGACUGAUAAUAACUUUACAAACUUUGUUUAGUAUGGGUUUUUCAAUACACUAAUCUUGUUACCUUGGGAUUUUCCCAGCUGGCUAAAGGGAUGUACUGAAGAGCCAGCACCAAGAAAGGUUGUCACAGAAACACUGCAACAAAUAAAUAUGAGAAAUUGGUUAAACUGGAAAUUGAGAGUAAUUUGAAGAUAGUAGCAUAUUUGUAUCCGCUCCCCCCAACAUAAAGGCAUAUAUGCUUGCCCAAAUGCUUGGGCAUUUCAGUUGAAAACUAAAUAGCAACUCCAUUUUAAGCCAGUUGGUUUUAGUAGCUCCCGAAUGGCAAUGUUUGUCAGAAACAAAUUUAGAAUUCUAACUAAUGAACUCCACUACUGCUAAUAAUGUCUAAUUGCAUAAACUCAAGCCCUUCCUGAAUUUUCAGGAUAAAUUAUACAGAAGGCAUUUUACUCCGCUUCAUGGUGAAGACAAGUAGUAUUGCCAGGUAAUAAAAUAGCAUCCACUUAGAAUAAAAGGGCUUUUCCAUUGUUGGAGGUACACUAAAAUAGUUUGUAUAUUCCUGAAUACUGUAAAAUAAACAUAAGAUACAA